UGGAGCGCCAUUUUGGAUUCCAAAUAUCGUAUCAGCUCGGAGGUUGAAAGUCCGAAGAAACUUGAUCAUACUUUUCUCGAAAUCGCGCUUUUAUGGACAAAUGCUCACAUAAUCGUGUAGGUGAGACUCUCAGCUUUCAUUUUGUGCCCGAUUUGUUUCAUACUUUGCUGGGAAUCAAAAUAUUUUGCCUUGGAAAGAUUCCGAGAUCAUUUCGCUCUUGAUCAGGAAAAUAUCGUCAAACUGGUUGGUAACAUAUCACUGGGCGUAAUAUGCUCGAUGCGUGUAUGUUCCGUUAACACUGCUAAUGUGUGUGUCCCACACACACACACACACAGGAUCGUAGGGCAUCAAUACGUGGAGCGCGCGAAUGAUUCUUUUUUGUCCAAGCUGAAAUCUCUCUCCGAACAAUAAGGUACGAAACACUGGCAAGUUUAUUCUUAUUAAACCCAUGUUUGGUGGUCUGUUAACCUUAAAGGAAUUAAGGAUACUCAGUUUUCCUGAUUCUUGUGAUCAGUUCUUGAUAUCAGAAAGAUGGGACAACAGAUUUCAUUUUCAUCCUAAAUAUUUCUGACGGGAUCCGGAGUCUGCUCAAGUUGUCACGUCAUUAACUUCAUACACAAGUUACCGUUCAGUAUUUGCUUGUACGUCUCUCUGCAUCUUAUAUCACAUACCGCAGGCGGGUUAAUAAACUGUAUGAAGGAUCUCGUGCGCCGCACGAAUAGGAGUUUCCAAUCGCCCUCAAAACUCUCUUGCAAAAGUGCUCCCUAUCCCUCUUUGUAAUCAAGCGCUUCAAUAUACAGUCGCGCGAUGCCAGUUACUGUAUAAAGGAUAAGCCCCAUGUGCUCAUGGUCCUUAGCUGGUUGUUGUGGCAUGCGCCUGUAAUCCAAGCUAUGUGGGAAGUUACACAGAUUGAUGCAGAGGUUUGAGGUUCGAGCCCUGGUCACGUCGUUCUGAUGGUGACAUUAAAGAGCUUUGAUGAUGGUGUUUUGAAUCAAGACCACUGAAAACUAGAAAUCUGCCAGCAUGUUAGAGGAUAUAGGAGCAGGUAUCAAAGCCCCUUCUGGGCUAGAGUUCAGGCAGUCUAAGAUGGAACUAACUCUAAUGGGAGUAUGGGCAAAGAAAUCUGUUAGGAAGGGACGAACCUUUGGGCCUUUCAUUGGUGAGAAGAGAGAUUGCAGUGAGGUCUUAGAUGAUACAUACUCUUGGGAGAUCCGAGGGCCUAAAGGAGUACGGCUUUACAGCAUUGAUGCAUCAGAACCUUCUAAAGCAAACUGGAUGAGGUACGUGAAGAGUGCCAGAAGUUUUGAGGAACAGAACAUGAUUGCUACACAGUACAAGAGAAAUAUCUACUACAGGACACUAAGGCCUAUAGCUGCUGGAGAAGAACUGAUGUGUUGGUAUAAGAACCUGUCACCCACGGCGCGUCCAUUAGAGACAGCCGAGUCAUUAGAGAUGGAGGAGAGUGAUGGCGCCCUCAACACUUCGGGAGAAAGCAUCACAAGUGCCAAGUCUGAUGGCAAUGAAUCUAAAUCAGAUGGUGACAGCUAUGAUAUGCAGAUGCCAAUCUUGGAGAAAAUGGAGACAUCAGAUAUUGUCCCAUCCCAGCUGGACACCAACAUGUCUACAGAGUCAGAGAACAGAGCCAAGGUACCAAGUCACCUUGAUGUUAUGGGUCAUGAUGAGAUGGAUGACAAGGUUGCAGAACCACCUCUCAUCUCUCCCAUCUAUCCUUCCAACAGCCAACACUCAGCCAACUUCUCCUCCAUAACAGCUGGGGUUGACAUAGGUGGUGUUGGAGAUAGCAACAUUCAGAUCCAGGAACCUGAUAUCUCAUCCAGUGAUGCCACCUCCCACUAUAUGGCAAGUUCUGAAGAAACUAUGGAAGGACAUGUGGACUCCACCUCAAUCACUGAUUCAAAAGACAAUGUGAAAGGUGUUGUUGCUAAAAAGAAGAGCAAAGCGGAUUUGAAACGUCAGCUUAAAGGUCAGGGUGGUGCUCCAAAGAAGAAAACUAGGGUUGGCCAAAAGAUAGUGGGAGCACCAAAGUCUCAGAGGUCUGUGACGAUGAUGGAAAAGGAUAACAAGAUACCAGUAGAUGAAGAUGGGAAUAGUGUCGCAGUGAUUGGACCUGAUUGUGUCAUUACAUUUCCUGAUGGAAGUGAACUAUUCGAAUGCCAAUUUUGUCCAAAGAGAUGUCGUUUUCCCAACGGCCUCAAAUUACAUCUUAAGCUGAAGCACCAUGUUAUGAAAAUCACAGUGGAAGGUGUUAAUACAACAAAGUGGGGAAAAGGAUUAGGACCUGAUGAUAUCAAAAACAGAAAGAAAGCAAAAGUAAAGAAAGAGGAAGAUAAAGUGAAAAAAGACAAACUAAUUCAGGAAACUGUUGAUAUUGUAAAGACUCCUCCAGAGGAAAUGAAAAAGCCUCCAGUCUCUUUGUCUGCUAAGAAAAGUCCAAAGAACACUAAAAAGGGACAGUUCAACUGUCACCUAUGUAGCAGGACAUUUAUGUAUGCAACAUGGAGGGAGAAACACUUGCUGAGACACAAGGUUGAAGGGAGUAAGGAAAUGUUCCUCUGCCCUGAAUGUCCAAGGAGGUUUGUUACAGAUGGAGACUUGACAAAGCAUAAGCUCACCCACAGAUCACUUCCUCAGGAUCUAACUACAGAAAGUGAAUCAGAUGUUCCUGUUCAAGGGCCAGGCCAAGAAAAUGCUGUGGAACUCCAGAUAAAUAGUCCAGGUGAUGAAAUAGAUAAUGGUGUUGCAUCAGAAACAUCUGAGGCUCCAGUAGUGAAGAGUCCAGUUCAAGAUGUUCAUUCAUCUGUGACGACGUCUUUUGAAAGUGCUGAUGGGACUGACAAAGGAACAUCUGAUGAUCAGGAUGUAGCAAGGAGACGAACCAUUACCAACAGGAAAGGUGCUCUGAAGAAGGUUGCUUCAUGCAAAAUAUGUGGAAUUGAAUUUGUGUCCUCAUCAAAUCUCCAUCGGCAUCUUAGGAAGAGGCAUGGACUGAAUCUUGUGAAGAAACAAGGACCAAAGUCAUCUGGAGAGAGUGAUGUCAAAACAGAAGGUAUCCCUGAUGAGGAGAAAGAAUCAACAGCCAGUAUGAAAGCAGAGGUGAUGAAUAAGCCUCUUUCUCAAGAAAGCUUGUUAAAUGUUCCCAUAGUGAAUCCAUCACAAACAAAGGGGCACAUGAAGACAAUGGCCAAUAUGACUAGGAUGAUCAGAAGGAAGCAUGCUACUGCAGUUCUUCAGAGCAUGAUGAAAGAGAAGAAGCUUGGUGGAGAGGACUCAGUAGGUGACCAAAGCAAAAUACGAGCCAAGCUGCAUGCUGCAUUGAAACAUGGAAAGAAUGCAAAACGCAAGCAAGGUUUUAAGAGGAUUGAGCAAGUUGCUUCCCUCACCGGUCUUACUGGUGAGCCAUGCCACACUGAAAUACCAAACCAAAUAUGUCCUUGGCAGAGCAACGUAAAACCGCAUCCCUUCAUCCCUAAGAAACCACCUACCCCACAGAGUGACCUGUUAAGUCCAGGACCUUCGUCCAGCAAUAUUGAAGUCUUGGACCUAAGAGUGAAGAAGCCUAGGACAGAUACCUCUCAGAAGCAGAAUACAACUCUAUAUAUCUCGGCAGAUUCAUCACAACCUUUGGAUCUAUCAUGCCAUUCUCGUCCAGUGGUGCAAAUCCCCAAGUACCAGGUUACUCGAAAACAAACUCCUACAUCUCCUGUUGCAUCUGCCUCUCCUGCAUUCACUAGUCAUCAAGAGGUAAAGACAAUAACAAGAUUUAAUAUAACCCCUCGCAUGAAGUCAACAGGUUGGAGAUCUUCUACUUUGACCACUUCUUUGGAAUCUGCAGAUCUUGAGAGGCCAACCAAGUUUUCAGUCCUGGAUGCAGCCAUCACAUGUAAUGUUUGUGAGCUUCCUUUUGAUUCAAUGAAGCUCCUAACCCAACAUGUGGUAGCCCAUGCAGAGGACUAUCCUUACAAGUGUGAGUUUUGUGUGAAGCUCUUUGAGACAACAGAUAGUUUGGCAUCUCACAGGUAUGACUUACACAGAGUUGGCAAGAUGUACUGUUGCUCCGAGUGUCAGCAAGAGUUUGCCUACCUUUCAAAUCUCAAGCAGCACCAAGUAGAUAUUCAUUCAGAUCACAUGUGUUCGUAUACAGAGCGGGGGCCUGAGGAGAUCAGACCACAAAAUUUCACUGACCCCACAAAAGCCAUACAGACACCACCGAUCCUACCAGAGCCUAGAGAAAGGAUAUCCCUCAUUGCUCAUGAAAUGAGCAAAGUGAGUCCUUCCAAGUUUGGUCGUUUCACCUCGACCCAUAUAGCAGACACCAAAAACACUCCUCGAAAGAAAUCUAAGAAAAAAAAAGAUGUUCCGUGCAAUCCUCAAAGACAUCAUCCAUUCGCCCAUGCACGAGAGAUCGGAUACCUUAGUACCCUACCAGAUGGCAGUGUUACAAGUGGAAAGACUGUAAGCCACUUCGAAAUGACUACAAAUAAUCGCUGCACCAAAUGCGCCAAAGUAUUUUCCAGUACUGCUGAUCUGCAUGUACACAUCAUGGAGUGUGCUGCUGCUAAUGUGCCAGGGAAGCAAAAAACCCCUGUCAAGACUCCUGUCAAGACUCCUGUCAAGACUCCUGCAAAGGUUGCUGACAAAAAGAAGCUGACCCAGGAAGAGAAUAAGCAAAAGAAUGCCAAGGUCAGGAGGAUCAGGAUCCAAGCUGCUAAGAGGAGCAGAAGCAGAGCCAUUCAAAAAACCAGUGAGAGUGAAGAGAGUGAUGCAGCCCAGAAGCGGAAGAGAGCUCGUCCUGGACUCAAGAUGUACAACCCUCUUAAUCAUACAAGGAGAAGGGCCAGUGCAAAUAUUGUGGAUGUCCAUGCUUGCCUUGGCUGUGGGAAACAGUUCCACUUCAUCAAUGGUCUGGAGAGGCAUAUGAAGCUAUGUCCAAAUAAGGAUAAGCUCUUUAAUAAGAACACAAAUCCAUACUAUGCUCCUCGUAAUAUGAACCAUCAAUGUGCCUACUGUGCUCGCCAGUUUGUCUACCUCAGAAGCCUCAAGAAACAUAUCUCAAGCUGUCCUUCCAGGCCACCAGAUGCUCCCACCUCUGUACCAUCCCUGAUUGUUUCCUUGGCUGCUGCGGCAACAUCAGGAGAGUCCGUCACAGUUUCUACUGCAUUCUCCCCAGCUACCACCGUUACUCCUUCAACUUCUGCCUUCACACCUAUCCCUGCUACUAAUCCUAGUUGUGCAAUAACAGCCAAGACUGAAAUCCCCCAAAAGGGUUCUUCACUAGAAGUUACCUCAGAUAUCCUUAAGAAUAAUGUUUCUCUCGAAGCAGCUACUAAAACAAAUGAUAAUUUAGUCAAGGAUGAGGUGCAAGGUGUCGUCUCAACUGUAGGUGGGGAAUCUUCCAUUUCAGGAACUCCAAGAAAAGCAAGGAGAAAGAGGAGGAGGUUGGAUCCAUACAGCAAGAAGAAGAAACGAUCCAGCUCACCAAGGUCAAGGCAAAAAAUGGAGAUUGAGGUAGAGGACGAGGAUUAUGAUGUGGAAGGUGAUGAAUAUGAAGAUGGCGGUGAUGAAGGAGAAGAGAAAGAGAUGAUACAGAUAGAUGCAGAAAGCAGUCUAGAUAAAGGAACUUGUGUAAAGGUAGAAGAUAAGGCGCAACAAAAAAUAGAAAAUGGUAGAGAAGAGGCAAAUGGGGACUUAAAAACAAUAGAGGAAAAUGAUGCUGAUUGGAAGAAAAGAAUUAACGAAGACCAACAGAAAAUGAAAGAAAAUAUUAAAAUUUGUGAGACAAAGGAACACAUCAUAGAAAACAAAGAAAAGAUAAGUUCAUUGCAGCAUACUGGUAAAAUCUUAGUGGACGAGAAGAAAGAUACAGACAACUGUACAGAGCUUAAAGAACCUGAAAAAGCCAAAGACAAACAAUUGGACAAGGAAGUGAGUUGUGUUGCUUCUGAUGUCACAAUGAAGGAACGGAUGAGCUGUAAGAAUGAUGCAGAAAUGAAUUGUACAAGUGAAGGUCCAUCAGGAAAUGGACAAGAAAAUAAAGACUAUGAGCUUCUGAAAGAAAAUGAGGUAGCAAAGUGUAGCAGAAAAGAAAAUGAAGAACAAUUUGAAACAGAUAAUAAAUGCAGAUGAAACAGGCCUAUCUUGGAGAUGGAUGCAGGUAAUACAAGGAGAAAUAAGACCUUGACCUUUUGAAUGUCACUCUUAUCAGGGAUGAGCUGUAGGAUAGUUUUAUAUAUAGUACUACACAGAAAUUGUUUGCAGUACAAACUACACAUGCUUGUGAAAUAAAUUUGAAAUAGUGAAGGCAAGUGUAAUUUUUUUUUUUCCAUUGAACCUAUUCAACUGUAUUUUUUUAGUCAUAAAAAAUUGAUGCAGAGUAGUUGUUUGGGCAGUGCAGUCUGGGGUGUCCAAGCUAUUGGAAGAAUUAUCAAAAAGAAAUUUAAGGCUUUGAAUAUCCCAACAGUUUCACCAAGAGCAUAUUAAUGGUUGGCAUUUAUAGGACAAGGCGUGUAUACCGUGUCUGUAGUUUUUAAAAUUUAUUUUUAUAUCUAAAAUGUAGCACAUAUGGCUUGCCCUUCACUCCUUACAUGAUGUAACGAGUGAAGUACAAGCCAUACGUGCUACAUUUUAGAUAUGAACAUAGUAAUGUUUUUUUUGGGAAAAGCAGUGCAAUGUUUUUUUUUUCACUGAAUUUAAGCUUGUCUUACCUUGUUUAAUGCUGCAUCAUCCAUAGUUCCUUGGAGGAAAAUAUUGGUAAAUGUUUGGUUAAAAUCUGUUCAAGAUUUGAUUUUUGUCUCGCCUACAUAGCAGAGGGAAACUAUAGGCGCCGCUUUUCCGACAGCGACAUCGUCGUCAUGUCAAAUCUUAACCCAAGAUUAAGUUUUUGAAAUGACAUAACUUAAAAAUAAUAUGGACCUAGUUCUUGAAACUUUGUCAUAAGGAUAAUAAAGUAUGACUGAACAUCCUGCUUUGGUUUCAGAUCACAUGACCAAGGUCAAAGGUCAUUAGGGUCAAUUAACUUAGACCAUGCUGGGGGGAAUCAAUAUCGAAAUCUUAACCUAAAGUUAAGUUUUUGAAAUGUUAACUUAGAAAGUAUAUAGAUCUAGUUCUAGUUUAUGGAAAGAGUUCAUAAAACUUGGACAUAGAGUAAUGAAGUAUUGCUGAACAUCCUGUGCGAGUUCCAGAUCACAUGAUGAAGG